AUGGCCAGGUCCUGCCUCCGGGAUGGCAACCAAAGUCUGCCCGAUCCCAUGAACGGCGACGAAAAAUGGGCAUACUUCAAGAUGCUCUGCGACCUCGGCUACAAGGAGAUUGAGGUGUCCUUUCCCUCGGCCUCGCAAAUCGACUUUGACUUUACCCGCCGCCUGAUUGAGACGCCCGGCGCCGUCCCCGACGACGUCUUCCUGCAGGUCCUCUCCCCGUGCCGGCCGGACCUCAUCCGGCGCACCGUUGAGUCGGUCCGCGGCGCCAAAAACGCCAUCAUCCACAUCUAUCUCGCCACCAGCGCCUGCUUCCGGCAGGUCGUCUUUGGCUACACCGAGGAGCAGACGCUCGCGCUGGCCGUCGAGUGCGCGACCCUCGUCCGCACCCUCACAAAGGACGACCCGGCCACCGCCGGCACCAACUGGCAGUUUGAGUUUUCGCCCGAGUGUUUCUCCGAUACGGACCCGGCCUACGCCGUGCGCGUGUGCCAGGCCGUCAAGGCCGCCUGGGGCCCGGACAAUGCCAACGACAAGAUCAUCUUUAACCUGCCCGCCACUGUCGAGCUCGCCACGCCCAACAUUUACGCCGACCUCAUUGAGUACUUUUGCACGCACAUUGGUGACCGCGACUCCGUCUGCGUCUCGCUGCACCCGCACAACGACCGCGGCUGUAGUGUCGCCGCGGCCGAGCUUGGGCAGAUGGCCGGCGCGGACCGCGUCGAGGGUUGCCUAUUCGGCAACGGCGAGCGCACCGGCAACGUCGACCUCGUCACCCUGGCCCUGAAUCUGUACACGCAGGGCGUCAGCCCCCACGUGGACUUUUCCAACCUCAACCCUGUUAUUGACAUGGUCGAGUCGUGCACCAAGAUCCCCGUCCACCAGCGCGCUCCGUACGGCGGUAGCCUUGUCUGCGCCGCCUUUUCCGGCAGCCACCAGGACGCCAUCAAAAAGGGCUUCCAGAGCCGCCAGGCCCGCGGCCUAUCCGUCGAGGACCCCUGGGAUGCCAUGCCCUACCUGCCUCUCGACCCGCAGGAUAUCGGCCGCAACUACGAGGCCAUUAUCCGUAUCAACUCGCAGUCCGGCAAGGGCGGCAGCGCUUUCAUUCUGCAGACCAAGCUGCAGCUUGACCUGCCCCGCAGCUUCCAGGUGGCCUUUUCCAAUGUCGUCCAGCGCCGCGCCGAGGAACUCGGUCGUGAGCUGCUCGCCAACGAAAUUACGGACCUCUUUGAGUCGACGUACUUUCUCAACAACAACCCGCGCCUUACCCUCGUCGACUACAGCAUCACUCCCGAUCGCGAGGGGUCCGCCGCCGCGGCCGACGGCAAGACGCUCGACACCAAGAGCGCCCUGCGCAUCUUUGAGGGCGUCAUCGUCCUCGACGGCAAGGAGUACAGGCUGCGUGGCCGCGGCAACGGUCCCAUUUCCAGCAUGGCGGCCGCCCUCAAGGACGUCGGCAUCGACUUUGACGUCAAUGACUACAAGGAGCACGCCAUUGGUGAGGGCCGAAGCGUCAAGGCCGCGUCCUAUAUUGAGUGCAAGCCUACGGGCAUGAAGCAGACGGUGUGGGGUGUGGGCAUCCACGAAGACGUGGUGCAGAGCUCUCUCCUCGCUUUGUUGAGUGCUGCCAGUAACUUCAUGACGAGCCGGCCGACCAGCCCCAUCUUGAAGCCCAGAGUGGCGCCUAUUUCUUGA